GUAACGCGGCCGAGUUGAUCUGGCUCCGUACAUUCGCUUUCCGAGGGAGAGCGACGCGAACAGUGAAUAAUGAAGCUAACUUCACACACAAACGUCCACCUAGGAGGUGUGUAGCAGCGCAGCUCAACUCAGGGACUCGCGUUUACAGGUAACUUGAUCGCUGUCAGACCAAACCCACGCUGCAAAGACCUCUGUAGCGCUUAUCGGUUGGGGGCUGCCUUUAGAGCCAGUGUUUUCUGUACCCCAUCUUUAGGCAGGCAAGUCGCAGCUCCAUAUCUCGAAUCUGAAUCAAACCGUGUAGCAAAGCCCCAACAGGAAGCAAUCGGAUACAGCCGAGACGCUUGACAUGCUCAAAGUCACUAUGAUCACAUCUAGACCAGGGACAGCUCCAGAAUACUGGAUCGACGGCUCGAAGAAAGAGACGCUGGCGGACUUCUACGAGCUCGAGUCCGAAUUGGGACGCUUGAAGAUUCAAAAGCUGCUGUGCUGUUCUUUCCUGAUGCUGAUGUUCUACCACCUCCAGGGGAGCCACGUCCGUGGUGUUCCAAUGUCGGCAGAAAGGCACGCAGAAACCCUAUGCUGUGAAAAUGCUGAAGAAAACUGUUGACAAGAAGAUUGUACGAACAGAAAUUGGAGUGCUACUUCGCCUUUCUCAUCCAAAUAUAAUCAAGCUAAAGGAGAUCUUUGAGACACCUUCAGAGAUCAAUCUUGUCCUGGAGCUUGUCACUGGAGGAGAGUUGUUUGACAGGGUGGUGGAGAAGGGCUACUACAGUGAGCGAGAUGCAGCAGAUGCUAUCAAACAAGUCCUGGAGGCCGUGGCGUACCUGCAUGAAAACGGUGUUGUUCACCGGGAUCUGAAACCCGAGAAUCUCCUGUAUUCCACCUCAGCGCCAGAUGCUCCUCUGAAAAUAGCUGACUUUGGUCUAUCUAAAAUCAUGGAUGAUCAGGCGACAAUGAAGACAGUGUGUGGAACCCCUGGAUAUUGUGCUCCAGAGAUCCUCCGGGGAUGUGCUUAUGGGCCUGAAGUUGACAUGUGGUCUGUGGGAGUUAUCACAUACAUCUUACUGUGUGGCUUUGAGCCGUUCUUUGAUGACAGAGGGGACCAGUACAUGUUUAAGCGCAUCCUUAACUGUGAAUAUGAAUUUGUCUCCCCCUGGUGGGAUAACGUGUCUCUCAAUGCCAAGGACCUGGUGACGAAACUGAUUGUCCAGGAUCCAAAGAAGCGUCUGACAACGCUGCAGGCUCUGCAGCACCCCUGGGUGACUGGGAAGGCUGCUAACUUCACCCAUAUGGACACAGCUCAGAAGAAGCUCCAGGAGUUCAAUGCCCGGAGAAAGCUCAAGGCUGCCGUCAAAGCAGUGGUGGCCUCCUCACGGCUGGGCAGUGCCGGGGGCCAUGGCAACACAGAUGGCAACAAGACCAACUGCAACCAUUCCGUCCAGCAGGGGGGGGGAGGCGAGCAGCCUGAGAAAGAGCAGCCUGAGCUCCACAAUGAAGAUAUAUAGAUGCGCAUGGAGCCACACUGGAACAGGGAAGUCAUCCUUCAAAGAAAGGAAAAUGUUGCUUUUAACAGUGGGUUUGAACUGAGACAAUGUGGUCCACCUCAUUAAAGGACUGAAAGGAUGGACUUUGUUCUUGGUUCGCAUUGCAUGUGGAUGGCUGAUUUUCUUUAGAAAAGUCCCAAGCAGACUCUGCAAAAAAACCAAACAAACAAACAAACAAACAAGCAAACAAAAACAAAGCUACACCAUUUAAAAUACAAACUCGUCUCAAAAUCUCUUAUCAUGUAUGUGCAAGUUAAUAAACCAAGUGCAGUUUGUUAGGUGAACUCAGUGGUUCAACUAAGAUCUUAUGAGCAACAC